CAACUGUUUACUCAAUGGGGAAGAUGUCUUCGGCAUUUUUACAAUCAAUUGCAAUGACCAACACUUAUCAAGUAUUACCUACUGAUACUACUGCUAUUUAUUUGAUUCGAAACAUCAGGAAAUUUAUAAUACCAAGUUGGAAAACUACUAUGGGACUUAACCCAGAUUAUGAAAUAGUAACUUACUUAACUUCAAGAAAAACUACACAGCGAUCAAGUACUGCGCAAAGUCUGUUUUAUAUUGCUAUUAUUCCAGACAAUGAAAUAACUAAUAUUGAAACUGAAGAAAGGACGCAUACAAUUUUAAGUUCUCUUGGAUUACUUGGUGGUGCAUGGUCAAUUGCUAUAGUUGCUUAUAAAUUACUUUUCGAGAAAGAAAUUAAUGAUUUAGAAUUAUUUUUAAGAGAUUAUGUGAUUGAAGUACAACAAUUGGAUAAUGUUUAUAAAAAUAUUGAAACUAAUAAAAAGUGA